CCUCGUCAUCCUGCCUUUUCCGCUUUUCCGAAAAAGCGAAACGAAAAUGCGUGCCAACUGCAUGAAAAGGAAAACUUGGUCAGUUGAGUGCUCAGUUCGGGUCGGGUUUGCAAUUCAACAGCACUGCGAAAUCGGAGAAAAUCGUUCGCUCCGCCAAAGAGUCACCAGUUUCAGUCUGUGUUUCAGUCUCCAACAGGGCAAAACACAAUAAGCCAGCGUAGUAAUAUCGACUUCACCUCUCCACACCAUCUAUAUAUAUAUAUAUAUGCUAUAGCAUACACCUAUAUAUUAUUCGUAGCGUAUAAAGCCACAGCCCACAGCCAGCGGCAAUUGCACAUAAGUUGCAACAAGCAAAGUAACAAAACAAACAAAAACACAAAAAAAAAGGAGAAAAAAAUACGAAAAACCCACAAAAAACACAACAUUGUAGCGGGGUGAAAGGCGUUGCCAGAUUGUUGGAUUACAACAAGAGCAACAACUACUAGCAACUAAAGCAACAAAAAGCAACAAAGCCAACAACAAGAGCAACAACGUCGCCGCCACAAUAGCCUAAAGGGCCAAAUGAACGUUAGCUAGUCCGUCUGCCGUCCAUCAGGUGGCGCUGCGAGCAGUGAGCUGCGAACAACAACAACGACGACGAGAACGACGUUUCGUGCUGCUGGUGCUGCUGGAAAUCCUGUCGCUAAUUAGUUGGCACUUGGCGGGCCCGCUUAUGCAGAUACACAGCGCCAAAGGAUUCAAUUGAACUGGCUGCGGAGUUAAAUUUGUUGUCCUAUCAUGGGCUGCGUCUUUGAAGCGGCCAAAGAGCAGCCCCAGAAACCGAGAAGCAAGCAACCGAGUCGGCAUCCAUGCCGUGGCAGCCGAGGAGGAGCCAAAGCCGCUGCCAGAGCAAACAACCAAACAGCUGAGGACAUCGAAAUCAAGGAUAACUAUCAACAAAAUCGUAAAACGCAAGUCGAAACACAGACCCAAACAGAAGCCGAAGCCGAAACAGAAACAGAAACUGUGCCCAAACAUCUAAAAGCGACAGCUCAAGUGCUUUUAACGAUACCACAACAACAGAAACAGAAGCAGAACCAGCAUCAGCAUCCGAAUCACAAGCAGAAUCAGAAACAUCCUAGCCCAGAGAAGAGGCCCUCUGAAGUGGCACAAACGCACAAGGACGAAGGAGGCGAGAACGCGUUGGCGACACACGGAGGCAUUGUCGAUAGGGCCAGAAUCGAAAUCGAUAUUGCGGCAACGACGAGGCAAGCCAGUUGCGAGAUCAAAGGGCGGGAUGAGCAGCAGCAGCGGCAUCAGCAGCAGCAGCAGCACUUUAACCGCCGAAGGAGACGUCAUCCGGCGACGAAUCCGGCGGAUGAGGCCACCAACCAAUCGAAGCCAAAUCCCUCGCUCUCCCUGCAUUUCCAAGCCCUCGCCGCCCUAGCGAAAAAGCUCCAGCAGCAUCAGAAUCAGGACGAGGUCCGAGGACAGGAGCAGCUCCAUCAGCAGGAUCAUCAACUAGCCUACCGGCCCUGGCAGGUUGAGACGCCACCGCCGCCCGUGGGGCAUCCGGGACACCCGGGGCAGGUGGGCUGCACUCUCAGUCCCCUGCCUGCCACCAUGUCGGCGGCCAUUUUUGCAAUGGCGGCCACCUCGGCGGCUGCCUAUCAGUAUCUCGGCCAGCACUACAAGCACUACAGCCAGUCUUUCAGCUUCUACGCCGCCUCCAGUGUCAUCCUGAUGCUCUGCUACCUGACCAGCACAUCCACGGCCGCUGCCACCCAGUCGGAGACGGGUGCCCUCGACAAGCAUCCCAUUCAUGGCAUCGAUUGGUCGAAAUUCGACGAGUCCAGUUCGGAUAAAGAGAUAUUAGAUUUAUUGCUUGAGAAGAAGCGCUACGACAAACGAUUACUGCCGCCUGUAAAUGAUGAAGACUUUUGCUGUGGUUUGCAAUCGCCGGAUAUGGCAACUAAUCAAAAUGCACGGAGACCACACAAUCGCGGCACUUUGACGGUGAAUGUGAACGUGCUGCUCCUGAGCUUAGCAUCGCCCGAUGAAAGCAGCUUGAAAUACGAAGUGGAGUUUCUAUUAAAUCAACAAUGGAACGAUCCGCGACUGCAAUAUGGCAAUAAGUCUCAUUAUGACUUCUUAAAUGCUCUGCAUCAUCAUGAUAGCAUCUGGACGCCGGAUACGUAUUUCAUUAUGCAUGGCGAUUUCAAGGAUCCCAUCAUACCAAUGCAUUUUGCUUUAAGAAUAUUUCGGAACGGGACCAUUACGUACGCAAUGAGACGUCACCUGAUCUUAUCCUGCCAGGGGAGCCUACAUAUAUUUCCAUUCGAUGAUCCCAAGUGCUCCUUCUCAAUGGAAAGCAUUUCCUAUGAGGAGGCGCAAAUCAAAUACGUCUGGAAAAACGACGAGGAUACUCUGCGGAAAAGUCCAUCGCUGACCACACUGAACGCGUACUUGAUCAAAAAUCAAACAACGGCCUGUGAUCAGAACAGCUGGAGAGGUAAUUACAGUUGCCUACAGGUCGAGUUGACAUUUACCCGUGAUCGUGCGUAUUAUUUUACAACCGUUUUCAUACCUGGCAUUAUAUUGGUCACCUCGUCGUUUAUCACAUUUUGGCUGGAAUGGAAUGCAGUCCCAGCCCGGGUUAUGAUCGGCGUGACAACAAUGCUGAAUUUCUUCACUACCUCGAACGGUUUCCGGAGCACUCUGCCGGUUGUUUCCAAUCUGACGGCGAUGAAUGUAUGGGACGGAGUGUGCAUGUGCUUCAUCUACGCCUCGUUGCUGGAGUUCGUUUGCGUCAAUUAUGUGGGCCGUAAGCGGCCGCUGCACAACGUCGUUUACCGGCCGGGCGAGAAUCCCGUAACACAGCGUCUUCCAGCAGUACUAAGCAGGAUCGGAGUAAUUCUUGCAAGUCCUUUGGCAAGCGCCACGGCCACGCCGGCAAUGUCGGUGGGCGGAGUCACGCCCAUGUCGGGGGGUGCCACCCCGGCCACAUCGGUGGCCACACCCGGCACCCCAAGGACCGUCGACGCGGAGGAGUUCUUCGGCGGGGGAAUGAGGUGGCAGGAGGCGCACGGCGGAAUCAUCGGAGCGGCGGUUCAGAAUUUACGGGCUCGCUCUAUAAAAAGGAAAGCGGCAAGGAGUCCAUCUACUUCCGUAUCCCCGAUGCCAAGUGGUCGGCCAGCGGAGCACAUUUACGAAGAGCCCGGCACGGGCACCACCUCCAGCACAAAGGUGAAGUUCAAGGAUGAACUGAAGGAGGAGCAGGAGGCGUCGGCACUGCGAAGAUCCGUGGCCACCAGUACCCCAGCUCUCGUGGUGCGAAUCGAGGCUGAGAGCGAUUUGGAAGCGGUACAAAAACCUGUACAGGAUAUGGAAAUGACGGAGCGCCAAUUGCAAUUACCGUUGAAGCCGCCCCGCCGCAAGGCCUCACGCUCCAAUUCACCGGCCUCCGUUUACGGCGAGUGCAGUGCCAUGGAAGAUGAGUCUGCGGAUAAUCCUGCCCAGGCAGUGGAAGCUACCCCCGGCGAAAAGCGACGCGACGCCGGGGCACCUAACGAAAUUGUGGCAUGCACCACCUGCGGCGGCAGCAACAGUCCUUGCACCCACUCGGCCAACAAUGGCUGCGCGACGGAGAGCUGCUUCGUUCAAGUGCGGAAAAAGGAGCCACCACAUCCCAUUCGAGUGGCCAAGACGAUCGAUGUCAUCGCUAGAAUUACAUUUCCAACUGCUUAUGCCAUUUUUCUGAUAUUCUUCUUUGUACACUAUAAAGGAUUUUCGUAAAAUUAAGUAAAACCAAGAACUAAACUAAAAAUAAUGCAUAAACAUACG